UGGUUUGGACUGAAGUUAUAUGAGCCCAAAAUAAAUAUUUUUAAUUAUACAUUUACGCUAUAAAAUGAAAAGGGCGAAGAUAGGGUUUUGGGCAUUUUGGGUUUGCUCUUCCUAAGUUUCAAAUCUCAUCUGGACCAGCCGUCGACAUGGGGAGGAGACCUGCAAGGUGUUAUCGUCAAAUCAAGAACAAACCAUACCCUAAAUCUCGAUACUGCCGCGGUGUUCCAGAUCCUAAGAUCAGAAUUUAUGAUGUUGGGAUGAAGAAAAAGGGUGUUGAUGAAUUUCCGUUCUGUGUCCAUCUGGUCAGUUGGGAGAAGGAGAAUGUCUCGAGUGAGGCAUUGGAAGCCGCCCGAAUUGCCUGCAACAAGUACAUGGCCAAGUUUGCUGGGAAGGAUGCUUUCCAUUUGAGAGUAAGGGUUCAUCCCUUCCAUGUUCUGCGGAUCAACAAGAUGCUUUCAUGUGCCGGUGCUGAUAGGCUUCAGACUGGAAUGAGGGGUGCUUUUGGUAAACCGCUAGGAACAUGUGCAAGAGUUGACAUUGGUCAGGUCCUCCUUUCUGUUCGUUGCAAGGACAGCAACAGCCAUCAUGCACAAGAGGCCCUUCGUCGUGCAAAGUUCAAGUUUCCUGGUCGUCAAAAGAUUAUUGUUAGCAGGAAGUGGGGAUUUACCAAAUACAACCGUGCUGACUAUCUGAGGUGGAAGUCUGAGAACAGGAUUGUCCCAGAUGGUGUCAAUGCAAAGCUUCUUGGAUGUCAUGGGCCUUUGGCUAAUCGUCAACCUGGAAGAGCUUUUCUUUCUGGAGCGGCAUAGACUCUUGACCAUGAAAAAAAAAUUGUGCUCUCCAAAAGCAUCUAUUGAACUCAUUUCUGGUUUAUCGUUAUAGUUGUAUUGCGAAUAUUUCCUUUAGUUGAACUGAUGGAUUUUCAUGCUUAAAAUAUUUGGAUUUUUGA